CUUGCCUGCCAUCUUGCAUGCCACUUGCCUCGCUUCAGAUUCGCCCAUCACUGUUCCAAGCACACUCUCCACAAUGUCCGGCAGCUCCGCCACGGCCUGUGCCGACCCGCCCGCCAACAAACCGUCCUGGUACAUUUCCCCCAGCGACAUCACCGACCGCUCCGCCGUUCCCAUCGGCCGUGGCGGCUUUGGCGAAGUGUACAGCGGCCGCUACUACGGCUCCAAAGUUGCCAUCAAGCAGCUCCUCGGCACCUGCAACAAGCGGGAGCUCGUCGAUUACCGCCGAGAAAUUGAUAUCUGGAAGGAGCUCAGCCACCCCCACAUCCUGCGUCUUCUCGGCGCCUGCGACAAAAGCGACGAUGGUACUCCGAUUGUUCCCUUCAUGGUUUCGCCGUUCAUGCCUAACGGUACUCUCCGCGACUAUGUUUCGGACCCAGACAGCCCUCGGCCCUUGGAGGAGAAGCUCCACCUCUUGUUCCAGGUCGCCUCUGGCAUGUCGUACCUCCAUGGCAAACACGUUGUGCACGGCGACCUCAAAGCCGCCAAUGUCCUCCUCGACGAGGCCCGUAGCGCCGUGGUCUCGGACUUUGGCCUCUCUCGCACCAAGCACACCUCGGCCUCGAUGGACCGCAAUAGGACGUACAACACCAUCGUUGGAACAGAGGGAUACAUGGCCCCGGAGCUGCUCGACGACGAAAACCCCAGUGGCACCACGAUGAAGACCGACGUCUAUGCCUUUGCCAUCACCAUGUACGAAGCCUUGAACGACGCUCAGCCAAUUUGGGUGACGGACAAUGGCCAGCCGAUGCUGAGCCAAGUCAUCGAGAAGCAAGUGCGCAAGGGAAAGCGUCCUAAGCAAAUCGAUGGCAUCCCAGACGACGUCUGGACAGUCAUCGAGAGUUGCUGGAGCCAAGCUCCAAACGAGCGGCCAAGCUUCCCUGCCAUCCUCGAAACCCUGAACCGGUACGACACAGUGGAUCUGCCGCCCCCACCAGGUCCAGCACCAGUUCCAGUACCAGUUCCAGUACCAGUUCCAGCACCAAGAUGGGAGCCAGAGCCCAAGCAAGAGCCCGAGCCGAUCCAGACUCCAAUCUCACCGCCCGUGACCCCAUCGCCCACCCCGUCGGCAGAAUCUGGGUCUUAUCCCGGCGUUCCUCGUCUGAUCCUGCAGAAGGCUCGAAGAGGCGAUGCCAAUGCCUGUGUUCAAGUAGCCAAAAUGCUCUCGCACCACAAGUUUGUCACCGAUCCGGUUUGGACGCAAGCAGCCUCGUUCUUCCAAGUUGCCGCCGAACAACAGCAAAGCGAAGCCUACUUUUACCUCGGCUGGAUGCACCUUCUUGGUGUCGGUGUCGAGCAGAGCGACCUUGAUGCGCUCACCUACUUGCAAGAGGUCUGUAGCCAGCCUGGUGACCAUGCCCUCCGGUCGAUUGCCACUCAUUUGCUCGGCUGGAUGCACUACCUCGGCCGAGGUACAAACCGGGAUCAGCAAACAGGAGUCCAGCUCGUUCGAGACAGUCAAACGGAGGAGUUCCCCUUGGGAGAGCACGAGUGCCUGGCAGCAUUCGGCCUGGCGCCCUCCGAGUCUCCCGCAGCCAUCCGGUUUUUUGAGCUGCUGCAGCUCGGGGCCGAGCGCGACUGGGUUUGCAAGCACCUUUUGGCGGUGUGCAUCAUCUGCGAAUUUGGAAACUCGAUUGGCGAAGAGCAAGUAGCGGUGGCCAUAUUUGAGCAGCUUGCCCAGCAAGGACAUAGCGACAGCCAGUUCUGGCUGGGGCGCUGCUAUUUCUGGGGCUGGGGCGUCGCAAGCGACAGGAAGACGGCGCUCCGAUGGUUCAUCGAAUCUGCCGACCGGGGCAAUCCGUACGGAGAGUAUAUGGCCGGCUGGUGCUACGAGUACGGACAUGGAACAGCCAAAGACGGUGCCAAGGCCGCCGAGUACUUCCGCAAGUCAGCCGACCAAGGCAAUCGCUAUGGUCAGUACGGCCUCGGAGACUGCUUCUCGCAUGGAGACGGUGUUGCCAAGGAUGCCGAUGUGGCCGACCGCUGGUACCGCAAGGCAGCAGACCAGGGCUGGUCGCCGAUCACGAACUUUGACUGAUGUUCUGGGCAUGAGUAUGUUGGUGGCGAAUUCAGCGAAUGCGAUGAAAACGACCAGAUAUUUUGUUGCAUCAGAGCAUCGCGCGCCGGUCAUGGCCAAGGCCUGGCUGGGCGGCCACGAUGCCAUCCUCCAUUCUCUGGAUCUCGAAUACACACCGCAUUGUCCAUGCUGA